AUGGAUACCGAUAUCAAAGAGGAAUUUCAGUGCAGCAUCUGCUUAGGAGUUCUUGUUCAGCCUAAAGUCCAUAAGCCAUGCAAGAAAAAUUUCUGUUCUGAGUGCAUCACUAAUGUAAUAAAAUUCACAACGUCUCCAUGCCCAAUCUGCAGAUCUCCACUUACAUCUGACUUAUUGAUGACUAAUUAUAAUCUUUGGGACCAAAUAAAAUCCUCGCUAUAUUCCUGUGACUGUAAACAGACUUUUCCGUAUACCUCUUAUAAUGACCAUAUUUCUAUUUGCCCAAGCAUCAAAGAAUUAAUCAAAAAAGCGUCAAAAUCGAUAAGGAGACCUAAAAUUCCUGUUAUAAAUAGGUGGACAUAUAAGUGUCCUUGCUGUGGCUUAAAAAACUUCGAUAGAGUGUCUUUAUUGUUCCACGUGAAUAGUAAGCAUCAGUAUAAAGCAGCGAAAUGCACGAUUUGUUUAGCUAUGCCUUGGGGAGAUCCCGAUGAAAUUUGUAUUGAUAUUAAUGAACACUUGCAGACAAUGCACCAAUUUGAUUAUGAUACUUUUACUGUAAAAUAUAUGUAGGAUUUUUCAAUGGAUGAUGAAGAAAUUUUAUUGAAAGUGCUAGAGGAGUCACUAUAUCAUCAAUAA